GCCCGAAGACUUUGAUUAUGCGGCUUAUGAAGAAUUCUUUUCCACGUACCUAGUGAUACUCACCAAGAGAGCGAUCAAAUGGUCCAAACUUCUAAAGGGAAACGGUGGUGUCCGAAAAAGCUUGACAGGCAUGGCGUUGCAUGAUAUGGCAGAAGAACAGAGUUGGGUAUCCCAGCUCACCACAUAGCCAGGAGAGACGAGGACGAAGAAUGCCUCUCAGUCCUUCAAGGUGCAACCGCCAGUUACCUGAAGACCACAUUCCACACCAUGCAAGGGGCCCGCACACAGUUAACAUCCAAAUUACUGCACUCCCUAAAUGAAGCGCUACGUCCGGAAGGGAAUCCCCCUGGAGCACCGGGCCCGAGUCUGGAUGGCUGUGAGUGGAGCCCAGGCCCAGAUGGACCAGAACCCUGGAUACUACCACCGACUGCUUGAGGGAGAGGGGAGCCCCAGCCUGGAGGAAGCCAUCAGGACAGACCUGAACCGGACUUUCCCUGACAACGUGAGGUUCCGGAAGACGGCGGAGCCUUGUCUUCAGAAGACCCUGUACAAUGUGUUGCUGGCCUAUGGACUGCACAACCAAGCUGUGGGGUACUGCCAGGGAAUGAACUUCAUAGCGGGGUAUCUGAUCCUUAUCACUAAGAAUGAAGAGGAGUCUUUUUGGCUCUUAGACGCUCUUGUUGGAAGAAUACUACCUGAUUACUACAGCCCAGCAAUGCUGGGGCUAAAGACUGAUCAGGAGGUCCUGGCAGAGCUGGUGAGGAUGAAGCUACCGGCGGUGGCGGCCCUGAUGGAUGGCCAUGGUGUGUUGUGGACCCUGCUGGUGUCCCGCUGGUUCAUCUGCCUGUUUGUGGACAUCCUGCCUGUGGAGACUGUGCUACGAAUCUGGGAUUGUUUGUUCAAUGAAGGCUCCAAAAUCAUCUUCCGGGUUGCUCUGACCUUAAUUAAGCAACACCAGGAAUUUAUAUUGGAAGCCAGCAGUGUUCCAGACAUCUGUGAUAAGUUCAAGCAGAUCACCAAAGGGGACUUUGUGACGGAGUGUCACACAUUCAUGCAGAAAAUAUUUUCAGAACCAGGAAGCCUGUCCAUGACGACCAUCACCAGGCUCCGAGAGAGUUGCAGAGCUGCACUGCAAGCACAGAGCUGAGUGUACUGGCACCCGCUGCCACUGCUGCUGCAACUCUGUUCCACAGCACACUUCAUCAAUUCCUACCACAUUGUUUCUGUUGUAAAUACUUGAAAUCAUGACACUUUCAAUGUGAACUUUAAGAGUAACUCAAAAUUAUAGUGCUCCACACUUUUGUCCA